AUGGCCGACGGGACGGAUGCCCCUGUCAAUGGCAAGCGCAAACUGCCUCUUUUCCUGCGCUCUUCCCCCGGUCGGCCAAUUGGCCGCCGUCGCCAGUCCACCGUUCAUUGGCAUCGGGUGGUGCGCUCGUUGCUCUACCUACUCGCCUGGAUCUUCUGCGUGCUGGUGGUAAUUGGCAACAUCUCCAACAAGCCUGUGUUGCGUAGCACCUAUUUUUUCUACCUCGAUUUGACCAACAUCAUUCCUGUCUCCGUGCCAAAUGCUGUCCUAAUCAAUUCCAUUGCUCGGUCUAUUGGAUUGCACGAUUUCUAUCAAGUUGGCCUAUGGGGAUUCUGUGAGGGUUACAAGGACGAGGGCAUCACGGCUUGUUCUAAACCGAAGGCCCUCUACGCCUUUAACCCCGUCUCGAUCAUCCUCGAUGAAUUGCUCUCGGGCGCAAGUAUCGCUCUGCCGUCGGAUAUUUCCGAACCCUUGCACCUCGCUAAGGUCGCGUCGCAUUGGAUGUUUGGUCUCUUCAUCGCUGGUGCAGUCUUCAACUUCAUCAUGAUUUUCAUCAGUCCGUUUGCCGUGUCCUCGCGACCUCCACAGACGAUCAAAUCCUGGAUGACUGGCACCGAAUACACACCUGGCGAAACCCUACCCCAUCGACGCCGCACCUUCAUCUGGCUGCGCUCUCUGCCCAUGCUGGUUUUCGCCUUUAUGACUGCCCUGGUCACCAUUGUCGCGUCAGUCAUUGCGACUGUCAUGUGGAUCAUCUUCGCCAACGUAUUCACCAGUGCAGCCGAGGAUCUCAAUAUCAAAGCGCAUGUCGGAAAACAGAUGCUGGCGUUCAUGUGGAUUGCCUCGGGAUUCAGCCUGAUCGCGUUUAUUGUCCAGUUCGGCUCCUGCUGUGCGUCGUGCUGUGGCGGUCACAAGGCACGAAAACAGCUUAAGGCGCAGGGCAUCAAUAUUCGCGAGAAGUCAUCAGCGCGCACAAGUGGCUUUGCAACACCAGUGGAGUCGCGCACUCCACAUGCUGUGACCACGGAUUAA